UUUAUUUCACUCCCACAACUUGACUUCACAGUUUGCAUAAUCCAAAGGCAACAUGGCGAAAAAGGCUGUUUGUGUCCUAAAAGGCACCGGGGAAGUAACCGGAACAGUUUAUUUCGAUCAAGAGAGCGACUCGUCUCCAGUGAAGCUCUCAGGUGAAAUCAGUGGCCUUACUGCAGGAAAGCAUGGUUUCCAUGUCCAUGCUUUUGGAGACAACACAAAUGGCUGCGUCAGUGCAGGUCCGCACUUCAACCCUCACAAACAAAAUCACGGUGGACCAACCGAUAGUGUCAGACAUGUCGGAGACCUUGGUAAUGUGACAGCUGGUGAAAAUGGGGUUGCAAAAAUUGACAUUGUGGACAAAAUGCUGACCCUGUCAGGGCAAAACUCCAUCAUAGGGAGGACCAUGGUGAUCCAUGAGAAGGAGGAUGACUUGGGUAAGGGAGGCAAUGAAGAAAGUUUGAAAACUGGCAACGCUGGAGGUCGUCUGGCCUGUGGUGUUAUUGGCAUCACGGAGUAGAGUCCAGCUCUAAUCUAACAACCCCUGUAAGCACUUAAGCACAGUAAACUGAUAAAUACAUCUCUAUUUUUAGCAAGUUAAUGCUUAAAGUAUUAUACUUUAGCCCUACACAAAGCAAUUUUUCCUGUACAUUUCUAUGUGGGACCGUUCUGCAUUUUUUUGAACUACAAAGUGAUGUUCAUUUCCUCUUUCUGCUUUAUUCAAUAAACGUUCAUCAGGCUGGA